AUGGCAUCAUCGUUCUCGAGAAGAGAUUUGGUGUCGAGAUUGUUGGUGAAUGAAUCAUCGAAUGCUACGACGAAUUCUUCUUUGUCGUUGUUUUCAACGAACCCAUCACUUCAAGAAAAUCAGCAAUACGGAGGAGGAGCUUCGGCGAUAUCGACGACGACCACUGGGGUUGAAGAUUUGGAACGAGACAUCUGGCCGCAAAUUGUGGACGGGAACGCGUUCGAGAAUCAACUGAUUGUUUUGAACUUCCUCCCUACUGGGUGCGAAGGUAUCGACGACGUUUUAGCGGGAGGGACCUCGGAAACUGGUGAAAGCUUAGGAGGUGGUUUACGACAAGGCCAAGUGACGGAAAUUACCGGCGAGUGUGGGAGCGGGAAGACGCAGCUGUGCUUGUCCGCGGCAGCGAGUGCGGCAACGUUAGGGCACAGAGUCGUGUUUGUGGAUACGAAUGGGGUUUUCUCGGCGGAAAGGAUCAAAGCGUUUCAUCGGAAUUUUUGGUCCGACGAGGCGACGGAGGAGGAGAUUACCGCGCACUUGGAUAAAACGUUAGAGUUGAUUGCAGUGCACGACGUUCACGACGUGUUUACGCUUUUACAUUUGCUGGAUCAGUUGCAACAAGAUGCAAGCGAGGAAGACGAUAAUCCGGAGAAGUCAGAUACGAUGGGUUUGUUGGUGAUUGACUCGUUGUCGCUUUUGUUGGCACCUCUAUUAACGAGAGCGCACCAUCAAGGCCACACGGUGAUGACGAUGGUGGCAGUGAUGUUGAAAGCGAUCGCAUCGGAGAGGAAAGCGGCGGUUUUAUACACGAACCAUACCGUGGCGGACAGUUCCUCGACUGGGGAUUUCAAUAGCGUUGGAAAUUAUGGCGCGCAUAAAUAUCACCAACAACAAAAUACGACGAGAGAAACGACGACGAGUAGUUUGAAACCAGCUCUCGGCGUGCGAUGGACGUCUGUCCCUCACCGUCGCUUGCAGCUCUCCAAAGUCAACGUACAUCAAGAAGGUGAAUUCGCUACCGUGGGAGGAGAAUUUACAAACCCUCCGGAAUGUACAAAAAUAAAAGCCGAGGUUGUUUACGGAGGCGUGCAAAACAAAAACGGCGGUUGUUAUUUUCAAAUCCAACAAAACUCUCUGCAAACCUUGCCUCAAAGCUUUGUUUAG